AUGUGGCUGAUCCGGUUUCUACCCCGCGAGUUGUUCGACGGGAUCCUCGACCUGCAGAAUCUUGCGCGCCUGAGCAGCGCCUGUCAUGACCUCGGAGCCAUCGUGGCACCUCCCCGCCGGUAUGGCAUCUUUGUACGGCGCCUCAAGAUUGUCGUGAGCUCUCUGGGCUGCACCAACCUGGGCUGCACCAACCCCGACUGCGACUACGAUUGGGACUGCUCCCCAGACACGGAAGCGUAUUACGCCGUGGCCAAUCCGGAAAACGGCGGCAUCCCGGCGAGGUCGUGGCAAGUGAGUGUGGCCCUGUGCAAGACGAGGAGGGUUCAGUACAUGACACAUUAA